GUCGGGGCUCGGUUCUCGCCCCGGGCGGGGGGACGCUCCCCCCCUUGUUCUCAGCCAUCUCCUUUCCCUUCGAUGCCCGAGCUCUGGAGCGCUGGGAAGCCGGUGGGCAGCUCCCGGUGCAUGGAGCGGCCGGCACCUCGGGCCGCCGGUCAGGCUCCCGGGCAGGGUCUGCUGCCGGUGCCCUGGGCAGCCCCGGGGGUGCCGGGCUGUGUCCGGCCCCGGGAGCCCUGCCCCGGUGUCCCGGUGUGCCCGAGCCGCUGCUGCGGGCUGGCCUCGCCGCCGCUCCCUGCGGACCACAGACACCGGCUGCUCUCACAUCCAUCGGCUCCUUCCUCCCCUGGAUAUCGGCGUUCUCCGCUCGGGCAGGAAAAUCACCUGGAGGAGUGUGACGAACAGGAUCGGGGGAGCGGCGUUUGCCGGGCUGUGCCUGGUGGAGGAGGAAAUUGAGGGAUGGGAUCCCAGGUGGAGCCUGGCUGUUGGGUUGUGCACAUGCCUGGGAACCCCCAUCCUGCUGCAGGCACCGGCAGCAUCACACGGCUGGAAGGGAUGGAGCAGCAGGAAGGGCUUUCCUGGCUCUCCUCUCUGCAGGGAAACUGGGAGGAGGUGUCUGUGUGUGUGUAGGGAGAGCCUAAAUCCCCGGAGAGCGGUGUCCAGAGGUGCUGGGGUGUGCGGUGUCCCCUUCCCUGCCACACCUCGCUGCUGGGACCCCGGUGCUGUUCCUCAGGAGGCACUUGGCUUUGCUGGUGGCAGGGCUUGCAGGGGGAAUCUGCUGCUAGCCUCUCCUGGCUCUUUUCUGGUUUUUGCUCAGGGGAUGGCUGUUCAUCCUGGGUGCAGUUUGGAGCUGCCCAAUAAUGGCAGCAUCACUCUGUUCCCAAGGCCGCCUUCCCGAUGGGCUGGCUUGAGGCGUGGGUGGCUUUGUGGUGCAGCACGUGUCCGUGCCCUGCCCGGUGCCCUGGCACUGCUGGGGCGGUGUCGAUGGCCCCUCGGGCUCUGGGCACUGCCAGGACUCCUGGUGGACAUCAGUUCCUGCAGCCAGCAGGGCUCACCCGCCUCUGGAUGGACGUGGCUUGGAUGCCAAGAGGAAAACCAGCCCUGUCCCAGUGUAGAGCAGAGAGUGCUGAAAGCUCAGAGCUGUUCAGAGCUGGGCUGGCAGUGGAGCCAAGAAGAAGGCAGAGGAUGGAAUGCACAAUGGCUGACCCACACCUGGUGAGGCAGGAGCAGCAGAGGCUGCAGAGGCAGCUGGCAGCGGUGGCGGCGCGGCAGCAGCUGGCCCUGAGCCGGAACCGGGCGCUGCGCCGCCAGUUCCUGCGGCUGGAGGCUGACAUGGAAACCACGGGCUGGCGCAGCAUCCGCGAGAUGGAAUGGUACGGAAGGGAAAUCCGAAGGCUGUUAUCCCUCCGAGAGGGCAGCUCGUCAGCAGGAGGUGAUGAGGAGGAAGGGGCCAGCGAGCAGGUGCUGCAGGCUGGAGGACAGGCAGGAACUGGCACCAGUACAGCCGUGCCAGGAGAACUGGGCCAUGCAGCAGCAGAACUGGGCCGUCCAGCAGCAGAACUGGGCCGUCCAGCAGCAGAACUGGGCCAUGCAGCAGCAGAACUGGGCUGUCCAGGAACAGCUGCCUCAGCCACAGGAGGUUUGGGCUCGCAGCAGGAGCCCCUUCUGCGCUCCCCGUCCCCAGAGUUGCUCAGUCCCGACACCGGGAGCACUGCUGGAGAGAGUGAGGAGGAGCAUGGGGACCUGGCCACCAGUGAGGAAGGCUCUGAGCAGCUCACCUCAGCUUCCUCAGGUGCCAAAGCAGCCCCCCUGAGGCCGGGCCAGCGGCAGGGAAGCGUUCCAGGGGUAGAGCCCAGCCUGAGCAGCUGGUGGGCUCACAGGGAGGGGAGCAGAGCCGAGCUCCCACUCCCAGCCGCUGCUGAGCAGGAGACCAGGCCGAGCAUCCCCGGCACACGGCAGGAGCAGGGCAGGGAUGCCCGGGCUCCAGAGGGCUCCCUGCUGCCCCCAGCCAGCCCUCCCACGGCCCAGGAGGAGCCCUUGGACAGCUCAGCACCACACAGUCUCUCUGCGUGGUCAAACUUCCAGGGGUUGUUGAACUGUCUGAGGAUUUUGUUCGGAAACAGAGAUUUUCAGCCCCGCAACGCCCUCAUGAGACGGGGAAGUGCAUCCGUGUGCCGGCAGGGAGAUGGUCCCCGGAGGUCUCCGGGAGGGCUGCAGGGGGACAUGGCGCGAAGGGAACAGCGCUCCUGCCCCUGGAGAAGAAGCGCUCCUGCAGGAGCAGCCUCUGCUGCCACAGGAGCUCCGCAGCGCUCAACCCCAGGACAGGGCAGGCAUCAUGGUGGUGGUGGUGAUGGUGGUGGUAAUGGUGAUGGUGAUUGUGGUGAUGAUGAUGGUGGUGAUGGUCACCCCUGCCCACCUUGCAGAACUCAAAAGCGGUUUCCUACAUUUUCCACUUGGAACAUUUUUAAGAGCCAGAGUGGGAAUGAAGGCCCAGGUGGGUGGUGGCUUUUCCCAGUGUGUGUGGGUGGGUGUCCCACUGAGGGUGCUGGUUUGUUCCUCAGGGACACGGAGGCGCUGCGGGCUCUCCUGAGCCACCAUGGCUCGUUCCUGAAGCAGCACCAGGUUCGGCUCCCGGAGGCGGUGGCGGAGAUGUUUGAGCAGCUGCUGGCAUCGGGAGAGGAGGAGCAGGAUGGCCAGGUUGUGCCGGUGCUGAGAGAGGCCCUUCCAGCAGAGCGUGGGGAUGGGUCCCCUGUCCAGAGUGAGGAAUCCUCUCUCGGCCUGCCAGCGAUCCCCACCAACGGCGGGGAAGGAAAGCAGGGGGAACUGGCACGGAGACAACCAGGUGGGGAUGGUGGCCACGCCAGGCCCGAAGGAAGCGACAGCCUGGGACGUUCAGACAGCAGCUCCUGGUUGGAUGGAAGCGCUCCUCCCUUCUCCAGGACUGAACUGCGGAAGGAAAGAGUAACUGCCAUAAAAUCCAAAGCGUUCUGGGGCGAAUCUGAUGACAGCAGCUCCGAGCUCGAGGCUGCUCUGCGCCCACAGACCCACGGCGCGGAUUCAGACGACUUCGAUGACUUCUAUGACUGAGAUUGUCCCACCGGCUGCUGGGAGGGAAGGAACAAACUGUAUUUUCUUUUACACAGUGAGUGUGCCGCGGGCCGAAGCGCUGCUUGUCGCUUUAUUGGCAAAGAAAAUUUAGAUAGCAAAUAAACAUGAAGAGUUUAUCCAU